AUGGCUUCUUACGACCAAACACCACGUUUCGUGACAAAAGAGCGAGAUUUCUACAGGUACCUCCCGCACGACCACGCAACAUAUCCCUUGGUUCCUUUUGACGAUUCACGUCGAGACCACUUUGUUCCAACGCCGUCGCGAGAUCAUGUCUUGACGUCGUUGGCCCAACUCGGAGCCAUGCGGCUUCGUGCCGAGCGGGCAAUCAUCUCCCUCUUCGGUCUCACCCACCAGUAUGUCCUCGCCGAGGCUACGGGGUCCCUGACAGGCGACGAUUUACGGUUAGGAUGUUGUGUACUGCCACUUGGGAGCGGUAUCUGCAUAGAGGUCGCUCAAUUACCUUUGGCAGAGCCUUCGUAUGAUCCCGAAAUUGCUGGAGGGGCUUUAGUCAUAUUGGACGCGGAGCAGAGCCAGCACGUAAGACAACACAGUCUGAUAAACAGCCUUCUUAUUGCACGGUUUUGCGCUGCAGUGCCAAUAGUGGGCCCCCGUGGAAGCACAAUAGGAUCCUACGCUAUCUUCGAUAGUCAGCCACGGCACUCUGGGUUGGACGAAUCUUCGAUAGAGUUUAUGAAGCACAUGGCGGCGACAGUCAUGGAGCACUUGGAUGCUCUGCAGUCGAAGCAUCAGAAUAGCCAGGCAAAGAAGAUGAUAAUUGGGCUCGGGAGCUUCGUAGAAGGCAAGACCACGCUCCGUGAUUCCUGGCUUGAAUCUCAGGAACAGGAAGCCACGACCUGCCAAACAGGCGAGACGGUCGAGGGGCAGUUGAAUAAACAGCAGCAGGACAUUCAGCGAACGCAAAAGCAGUCCCGACAGUUCCUUCAUCGUCCGAAGAGAGGAUCAAGAUGCUCGCGUGAGGAAAAGCUGGAGGGGCGCCAGCAUGUGAAAGCAACAUAUCGAGCCUCUGCUUCAGACGUUAGAUGGACAGACGACAGCACCUCGGCCGCAUUUCAACGGAUAUUCUCUCGGGCAGCGAACUUGAUUCGUGAGUCGUUAGAAGUAGAAGGGGUUGUGUUUUUAGAUGCCCGGAUUGGGUCUUUUGGGGGACUUGUCGGAUACGAAGCCACACGUGACCGGGCAAGGUCAGGCAGUGAAGACAGCACCGAUUCGGGAAGCAGUGAAAGUGCAUCAAUACCGGUUCCCUCUCCUGCAAACCCCAAUGAUGACACUACCGCCUGCCGGCUAUUAGGCGCGUCAAAUUCAUUCUCCUCCACCAUCGAUAAUCUUCAUCUCGCGUCGGAAAGUGACUAUGCAGUUCGCGAGACGGUGCUGAAGACCAUGAUGAAUCGGUAUCCCCAGGGGAAAAUAUUCAACUUUACUCAGGACGGCUCGCUAUCCAACGGUAGCAGCACCAGCUCGGUAGGAACACACAUAUCCGAGGAUAGCGGGAAACGACAAGGGCCUAAGCAUAAACAAGACGCCCAUGAGCUUCACAAAGCGCUUGGAGGUGCCUGUAGUAUCGUCUUCCUUCCGCUUUGGGACACACAUAAAUCAAGAUGGCUAUCUGGUGUGCUUGUUUGGACGAAUACGCCCAAGCGAGUGUUCACAGUGGAAAACGAACUCGCGUACCUUCAAGCGUUCGGCAACAGCGUCAUGGCUGAGGUACACCGACUUGAUGUGGAGAUGGCUGAGAAAGCCAAGACGGACCUGGUCACCAGCAUAUCCCACGAACUGAGAAGCCCUCUGCACGGUAUUCUUGGAACGGCGGACAUCCUGAGCGACACAGCCUUAAACGCACUUCAGCAAGGAAUGGUGCAUACGAUCGAAUCGUGUGGCCGGACAUUGCUCGAUACGAUCAACCACCUGCUUGACUUCACUUAUAUUGAUAAGUUCAAGCAAGACCCUAAGUCCAAGGAGAAACAGCAGCGUAAGUCUAGCAGUCAUGGACGAGCAAGGCCGGACAGUAACCCGCCGAGCAGCAGCACGAAUGGGUUUGAGAACGUCCAGCUUGACUCUGUGCUUGAGGAAGUUGCGGAGAGCGUUUUUGCGGGUCACAGCUUCUACCACCACCCUCGGGCCCAGCACACAGAGCCGCACGAUACAGGAGAGUCCCAAAUCGCGCUUCCACCAAGGCAUGUGACUGUUAUCUUCGACAUUCAGCAAUUCGCGGAAUGGAAAUUUUUCACACAGGCUGGGUGCUGGCGCCGUAUUUUGAUGAAUGUCUUCAGCAAUGCGCUCAAGUACACUACUCAGGGUUACAUCUGUUUGGGGCUGACUGUAGCCGAAUCAUCUCGUCGACGCAGUGAUGACUCCGCCGUGUCCCGAGAAGGCAACAAGCAAUAUACGGUAACCCUUACUGUGAAAGACAGCGGGCAUGGCAUUGGUGCGAAGUUCCUGCGAAACGGGCUAUUCACUGCUUUCUCGCAAGAAGAUCCCCUGGCCCCUGGUAGCGGGCUGGGACUGAACAUCGUCCAAAAAGCGCUGCGUUCGCUUAACGGUUCAAUAGAAGUCAGUUCCGAGAAGGAUAAGGGCACUGAAGUCACAAUCCAAGUACCGCUCAAACUUGCUUCAGUUCCGGACACAUCGGAUGGAUCUUCUUCGAACGUGGCGUGUGACCUGGUACGGAGGGAAGCGGAAGGAAAAACGAUCGGCCUGUUAGGAUUUGACUCAUUAGGCUCAUCAGAGCGAGAUAGCACGCUCUACGAAUCACUGAAGCGGAUGUGCGAAGACUGGUUCCAUCUCACCGUCAGAAAAACAUCUGUCCACGGCGAACUUAUUCCCUGCGAUUUCUACCUGAUGGUCAACGUCGACCUCGGUCCGGACGCCGAAGGAAACCAGCAAUUCAACUUCGGGGAGUCCGGCGGGAUAUCGCCGCUUAUUGUCAUUUGUCAGUCUCCCGAGACGGCGCACAGCAUGUUCGUGCGCUCCAUGACGACGAAUCACAGCAAAAACUCCGUCAUCGAGUUUAUAAGCCAACCUUGCGGUCCUCGUAAACUGGCAAAAACUUUAGAGCUAUGUAUACGACAGCUGCACGGCGAAAGCACUCACAGAGAUGAAGAUACUCGAUGGGUUGAGGUGCCGGAAUCUUCUCAUGUGCCUUUGGACAUUGAUACACGAGAUGCGCCAGGCGACAGAAUGAAAAUCAGCAAACGGCCUAAUGCAGACACGAGGUGGAGCCAGGACUCCGACUUCAACAAUAUGGUUGGCAAGCCACUUCACGAGACCCCUACCGCACAGGACAAAGAGAGUAUGUCUGGACCUGAUCCACCGUGCGCACUGCUUGUCGAAGACAACCCUGUAAACUUGAGUAUCCUCGCCGCGUACGUAUUAAAAGAACAGUGGGAUUUCGUAAGCGCAGCAAACGGACUUGAGGCAUAUGAGAAGUUCCGUGAGAACCCGGGCAAGUUCAGAGUGGCUAUCAUAGACAUUUCAAUGCCGAUCAUGAACGGCUUCGAGGCUAGUCGAGCAUUCCGGCAGUUCGAACGAGAACACUUCAAUGCAAAUCCCGACUCAAAACCACCCUGGUACCCGACAGCAAUCAUUGCGUUGACUGGCUUGGACAGUGCAGAUGCGCAGCAAGAGGCCUUUGCUUCUGGAAUCGAUACCUUCCUCACGAAGCCAAUCAACCGGCAGCAUAUACGAACUCUACUCGAACGGUACAAGGCAUAA